AAGCAAAGGAAGUUCUUGAAUUAUGUUUUAUGGACUCAGUGACCUUUGAGGAUGUGGCCGUGACCUUUACAGAAGGGGAAUGGGCUUUAAUGAAUGCUUCCCAGAAGAGUCUCUACAGAGAUGUGAUGCGGGAAACCUUUAGGAACCUGUCCUUUGUAGGAAUAAAAUGGAAAGACCAGGACAUGGAAGAUCAGUACAAAAGGCCAAGGAGAAAUUUAAGACGUUACGUGGCAGAGAGACUCGGUGAAAGUAAGGAAAGGUGUCAAGGUAAAGAAACCUUGAGCCAGAUUCCAGAGUGUGUUUUGAACAAGAAAACUGCUUCGAGAGUAAAAGCGCGUGGAGGAGUCGCCAUGAGUCAUUCAUUUCACAAUAGGCACAUCAGAGAUCACAAUGGAUAUGAAACAGAUGAUUUUAAGAAACUUGGAGAGAAGCCAUGUAUACGUAACCAAUAUGAGAAAUUCUUCAGUGAUUAUUGCUCUCUUUUAACAUCUGAAAGGUCUCACAAUGGAGAGCAACCCUAUGAGUGUAAGAAAUGUGGAAAAACCUUCAUUUCAUCGAGAGGUAUUCGAAAACAUGUAGUAAAACACAUGGGAGGUGGACCUUAUAAAUGUGAGCAUUGUGGGAAAGCCUUUGAUUAUCCCAGUUCAUUGUUUAUACAUGACAGGAUUCACACUGGAGAGAAGCCCUAUGUAUGCAAGCAAUGUGGAAAAGGCUUCACUCAUCCCAGUGUCUUGCGAGAGCAUGAAAGAAUUCACACUGGUGAGAAACCUUAUGAAUGCAAAUUGUGUGGUAAAGCCUUUAUUUAUCAAAGUUCUUUUCGAAGUCAUGAAAGAAACUACACUGGAGGGAAACCUUAUCAAUGUAAGAAAUGUGGGAAGUCAUUCACUUGUCUCAUAAAGGUUUACAGACAUGAUGAUGCAUACUGGAGUAGGACCUUACAAAUAUAAGAUAUGUGUUUGGGAAUACCUUACAUACAAAGGGAAAGCCUUUGAUUUUCCCAUGCAGUUCAAAUGCAUGAAGGAACACAUACUACAGAGAAACCCCAUGAAUGUAAGCAAUGUGGGAAAGGCUUCAGCAGUUACAGUUACUUUCAAAUGGAGGAAAAGUCAAACUACAGAGAACCACUAUGAAUGUAAACUAUGUGGUUUCUCUUUAGACAUCUCAAUGCUGUUUAAAAUCAAGAAAAGAGUCACACUGGAGAGAAACCCUAUGAAUUCAAGGAAAGCCUUGAAUGUUGGAAAGCCUUUACCUGUCCUGCAAGCCUUUGAAGACACAUGAUCAUGCUGGAAAUGGAAUUUAUACAUAUAAGAUAUGUGAGAAAGUCUUUGUUGUUCCCAGUGUAUUUCACAUGCAUGACAGAACUCACACAGGAGAGAAACCGUGUGAAUGUGAGUAAUGUAGUAAAGUUUUCCAUUUUUCCAACUCUUGAAUAUAUAAAAUGUUUUACACUGUAGAGAAACCCUAUAAGUGUCAGCAUGGUGGCAGAGCCUUCUGUUGUUCAAAGUAUAUUGCAAUAGGUGAAAGGACUCCCAGUGGACAGAAACCGUAUGUAUGUAAAGAAUAUGGGAAAGUUUUCAUUGGUUCCAUUUGCUGUCAAAGACUGGAAAGAACUCAUGCUAUUAAUUUGCGAGAGAAAUGCUAUUACUGUAAGAAAUUUAGAAAGCAGUCUAUUGUUCAUUUCCUUUCAAACACAGGAAAAGAGAAGAAAGAACCUAUGAGUUAAUUGACUUUGAGUUAAGAAGAGAGACCUAUGAUAGGAUAAUAACAUCUAUAGUUAGAGUUGGAUCUCUGGAUUGUUAUGUCAGUGUUGGUAAUUUUUGGAAGUAGAUUUCCCCGAAUCCAUUCUAUUUAUGAUUCCAUGAUAAAAUUCACCAAUAGCAUAUCAGACAUGAAGAAUGCAUUGGUUACAUUUUGGAGACACCAUGCAGGGACACAGAUUAAUACAGGCUUUUCUGACACCUGCUCCCAGCCCAUUUUUUAUUUCUUUGCAUUGCCAAUCAAGAGGAUCCUCAAAAUCACCUGAUUGUCAUUUUCUCAGAGGUAUAGAUUUCCAAAGAUGUCUCCAAAAGCUCCGCGUUAAGGAUCCAUCUACAGUUUGCUUUAACUUCAGGUAUUAUAAUAUGUUUAUCAGGCUAAGGUUGAGUGUCAUAGAUGGGAAUAUCUCUGACACUUUGACUCCUAUAACCUAUAGAUUGAAUUGGUAUAAGGUAUGAGGGUUUCUCAAUAGAAUUCUUUAUAUAAUCUGUGUUCGUUUAGUUGUACUGAUUGCUGUUCAAAUCUAUGUAUUAAAUGCUGUUAGGAUGUGAACUUAAUUCUACCCUUGCUAAUCAUACUAGUCCUAACCUAGAAGCCUUAAAAAUGGUGUGGAGGUCAACUUAAUUCAUGACAAUUGCCUGCCAGUCAUAAGAAGAAGGGAGUUUUGGUAAUUCUUUUGAUUUGGAAUAUGUACUCUUCUAUU